AUGGAUCUCAACACCAAACUCAUUCUCGAUGAGCUCAAGUCUGUCCAAACCAACCUCACAAAUCGCAUCGAUGCGGUCGAGCACUCCAUCGGUGCCCGCGUCGGUUCCCUGGAGGACGCCGCGAAAGUACUCGACGCCUGGAAGCCGACGAUGGACGCCUCUGUGGCGGAACUGCGCGCGGAGAUUAGAGCCUUCAGGAAGACGGAGGAGAGGGUGGAGUUGCUGCGGGAGGAGAUGACUGCGCUGCGCAAGUCGGUGAGCCGCUCCGUCCUCGAUGCCACGCAGGCCACGCCGACCGGCGUGCUGCAGCGUCCCAAGGAGUCUCCGGCGUGGAUUCCCGCUGGCUGGACUCAUUUCCGCCCGUUAGGGCCCCGCGAGGAAUCAAGCCACCGGGGAUUUGAGUCUUACGCUCAAUUCCCGGUCAAGGGUACGUUCAUAUCGCCUGAUCCGGAUUCCAAACCCAAGCUGUAUCGAUCUUAUUCGAGUUCGGCUCUCGUUGCGGGCACUCAGGGCGGUUCGGGAGGGGUCCAUGGGUCUCUGGAUCAUCGUGGUCAUGAGGAUGGGGAUGGGGGCCAUUUUCAUCUACCUAAAAUCAAUUUUCCUCCAUUUGAUGGUUCCAACCCAAAAUUGUGGCUCGGGCGUUGCUUAGAUUAUUUUGAGAUGUACUUUGUUCCACGCCGCCGCUGGGUCAAGGUGGCCACCAUGCACCUGUCUGGGGCCACGGCGUGUUGGUUGCAAUCGGUGGAGGAGCAGGUUCGCUCAGGGGGAGGGGAGCAGUUUCAGGAGCUGGUCAUGAACCGCUUUGGUAAAGAUCAGCAUGAACUGCUAGUUCGUCAACUCUUUCACAUCCACCAGUCAGCCACAGUCCAAGACUAUAUUGACAAAUUUACUGGGUUGGUCGAUCGGUUACUUGCUUAUGGCCGUAAUACCGAUCCAAUUUACUAUGCUAUGCGUUUUGUCGAUGGCUUGCGUGUCGACAUUCGUGCUGCUGUUCAUAUGCAACGUCCCCAGAAUUUGGAUACUGCUUGUGUCCUUGCUCUGUUGCAGGAGGAAUUGGUGGAUCCUGUGCGUACAAAGGAGCUUCGGUGCCCGGCACCAUUUACCUUUGCAAAGGCUCCAGUGCGCGGUCCACCUCUGGCCUUUGAAUCCGAACCGUUUGGACCGUCAAGAUAG